GGUAGCUGCUUGACGACGGACCUCGACUGCUACGAGCAGAUCAGGGCCCAGUACUCCCAGAACCUGGAGAAGGGCUUCCUGCAGGAGGACGGCUCCUACCACCCCGCUCUCCGCACCGUGAUCCUGAUGAACGAGCCCGACCUCAAGUUCAAUGGCAUGCUGAGCUUCAAGAAGGCUUUGGUCAGCGCCUUCGACGCCGUGCUCAGCGCCGAGAAGGAGGCCGGCGUCGUGGGCGACGCGCCCAACUUCACGGUGACCUUCAGCUUCGGGGUCUGCCCGCAGUGCGAGAAGUACGGGUACAAACCUGGCCUCGGUCAGAUGCUGGAGCUCCGGGACGCGAUCCGGGACCCCGCCUCGGUAGGCUACCGCCCGCGCAAUGACCUGUGGACCAACUACAAGUUCCGCUUUGUGAACAGCGUGAACACGGCGAACCCGUUCACCGACAUCAAGCGCCUGUUCCUGGAUGAUUACGACGCGCUCUUCAUGGGGACACCUGUGUUCAUCGGCGAAUAUCACGACCCGGACGUGUACGAGAGACAGGACCUCCAGGGAAUCCUGGCGAUCGCAGAGGACGAGUCCACGUUGCUCUCCGGCAUCGCGUUCUUCGAGUUCCAGGUGCGGUACGACAAGGGAGGCUCCGAGAUGGGGUUCGGCAUGUUCGGCCUCAGCGAGGAGCGCAAGGUGGCGGAGUUCACCCUGGAGUUCAGGCCCUUCACCGCCUGGUGCCUGACCCCGGUGAAGGCAGAGGGCCGCCGGAGCCCGCCGGGCACGAGCCGCUUCCUGGAGGCCUCCCAGGACGCCUACGUGCACGCUGCGGUGGCGAAGGCCUUCGGCGGGGCUGGCGUGGGCGAGGACCAGCUGUGCCCAGCUACGGCCUCGUCGCCAGGACGCGCGCAGCCCGCCGCCGCCGAGGGCGGCCGGGCGCAGGGCGCCCGCGCCGCGGGCGGGCUGCCCAAGCCCCUGGUGCCCGUCACCUGGAUCGGCUGUUUCGCCCCUGGCAAGAAGCAGGGCCGGCUCUUCGUGGGGACGGGGAGCAGCUCGGACGCUUGCGCGGAGUCCUGCGAGAACUUCGGGCUCGCGCUGCUCAAGAGCGGCGGC